GGCAGGGUGAUGCCAGCUUGAUCCAGAGCCAUGUCCAGGUACUUAAAGCACUUCACGGUGGUGGGGGAUGACCCCGUGCAGUGGAGCAACGACUAUCAGAAAUGGGAGGAUGAGGAGGAUGAGGCUGGGGAGAAGCAGCUGGAUUCAGAGAUCAAGCUGGAGCCCGCCAGGAGCCACAUCUCCUUCAAGGACAUGAUGAAAAAGCUCUUCAGCUCCCGCAAGUUUCAGAUCGUGGUUGUCUGCUUGGUCAUCCUGGAUGCCUUGUUGGUCCUUGGUGAAUUGCUAAUGGACUUGAAAAUCAUCCAUCCGGACAAAUAUAAUAUAACUCCAAAGGUUUUCCACUACCUCUCCCUUUCCAUUUUAACCAUCUUCCUGGUUGAGAUGGGGUUUAAAGUCUUCAUCUACCGCUGGGAGUUCUUCCACCACAAGUUUGAAGUGCUGGAUGGGAUUGUUGUCAUCGUGUCGUUCAUCCUCGACAUCAUCCUCAUCUUCCGGGAACACGAGUUUGAAGCUGUAGGGCUCCUGAUACUCCUGCGGCUGUGGCGCGUGGCCAGGAUUAUCAACGGAAUAAUUUUAUCGGUAAAGACCCGCUCUGAACAACAAGUGUCCAAGCUAAAGCAAGCAAACCUGAAACUUGCAACGAAGGUGGAACAACUGGAACACAGCUGUGUAGAGAAGGAGCAAGAAAUUGAGAGGCUUAACAAGAUACUAAAACAGCACGGACUUAUCAGCGAGCAAAAAUAGGAGGCCAAUUUUCCAAGAUCUGUCCUGGAGAGUGUAGUGUUGAAAUCUGCUGGUUUGACCUGAACGGUUUUCCUGUCUCUUUGCUUUCUCUUGUAUAGUGUUGUCUAUAAACAUUUUCUAUUUGACCACACUUUGAUUAGAUCUUGGGAUUGCAAAAAUGAUUUUGCUGGAAAAUUAAUCACGCGUACUCCCUGUAAACAGUGAUUUCGUAAGACGUUUCUUGUACAGUUGUACAGUCAAAACCGCAAAAUAAUUUAAUAAAGACACAUCUUUACAAGCUGUA